AUGGAUCAAGAUUCAACACUAAGAUCCAAUAACGAUAAAACACGAGCAGAAGAGGCGGCUCAUACGAACAUCGAACCCAAAUACGGACCUGGGGUUCGUCCCGAAACUCCACCAGACUGUGCUAUCGGAGAUUCUGAUGAGGAUGAUGAAGAACUGGUUGAAAUUCAACGGACAAUGACCCAGAGUCGGAUAUUGAGGCAGAAGUCUCCUGAAGAACUGCGCAAAAAAGUCAUUCCUUUCCACUGGGCCCCCAUGCUUUCUCCUCUUUCACCUACCGAUAUAGACGCAUGCGAAACUCUCGAGAAUGCUACAAUGCCAGAUCAACUCCGGCCUUCCAACAGGGAACAGAUCGAAUACCGCCUCCGGAAAUGCGGAAGCCUCUGCGUGGGCUUGUUCAACACCUAUCGACCGCGCGAUGCGGAAGACUGGUGGAUUCAAACAAUGCCUCAUGCUCGCCCGGUCGAGACUGGCAGGCAAGACGGGUCCAAACGAGUCAUGUUUGCUCAUAUCAUUGCCACGUUGGGCAGGCAUCCCGUCGUAACGGAUGAUGAUGUACAGUGUCCUCCCAAUUGGAGAGACUCAGCAGCCUCUCAAAGCUCAAAUCUAGGUCACCAAACAUCAGGUAGAACGAUAUGUCUCCACUCCUUCUCAGUAUGCCCCGAGGUUCAAGGUAUCGGGAUAGGCAAAGCCGCCAUGAAGGCCUAUAUUCAGAUGAUGAACGAAUCUGGUGUGGCCAAUCGUAUCGCUCUCGUUUGCAACGAGUCCCUCACUGGCUUCUUUACUCGCGUCGGUUUCCGGAAAGCUGGAGAAGGUCAACUAAGCCUUGCUGGCCCCGGAUUGUACAACAUGGUAUUCGAGCUUCCAGGUCCCAAAGCUCUUUUUCGUUUGGAUCAAGACUCAAAGCCGCGCUAG